AUGGCCGACCUCCCCGCCCAGCCCAACCUGCGCGUGACGAUCAUCGCCGCCGACGGCCUCUACAAGAGAGAUGUCUUCCGUUUUCCCGACCCCUUCGCCGUAGCCACCAUCAAUGGCGAACAAACAAAGACGACCGGCGUCAUCAAGAAGACCCUCAACCCCUACUGGAACGAGAGCUUUGACAUGAGAGCCAACGAAGAAAGCAUUCUCGCCGUUCAAAUCUUUGACCAGAAGAAGUUCAAGAAGAAGGACCAGGGUUUCCUCGGUGUCGUCAAUGUUCGUGUUGGCAGCGUCAUCGACCUUGAUGCUGGUGGUGAUGAAAUGCUCACCCGCGACCUUCGCAAGAGCAACGACAACCUGGUCGUCAACGGCAAGCUGAUCCUCAACCUGUCGACCAAUCUACGUCCCGCCGCAACCCCCGCCGCCGCCGCAGCUCCCGCCCGACCCAACGGUGCCGCUUCUUCAUCAACCACGGUGGAUCCCCCUCCGCACAGCGCCUCACGCCAGCCCAGCACGUCAGGCGAUACAUCAGCUCCCCGCACCGCCGGCUUCAGUGCUUUCGAGGACUCUCAAGGCCGUCUGCCUGGAGGAUGGGAACGAAGAGAAGACAACCUCGGACGCACAUACUACGUCGACCACAACUCCAGGCAAACCACAUGGGUUCGCCCGACGGCCAACUUCAAUGCUGGCGAACAGCGCCAGGCCAACGAAGCAGAGACUCAAGCUCAGCGUACACGACACCAGAACCGCAUGCUGCCUGAUGAUCGAACAGGCGCCAGCUCACCAACCCUGUCUGGUGAUCAAAGCUCGCCUCCCAAUGGUCCAGCCGCAACUUCCAACCCUCAGGCAAUGUCAAUGAUGGCUACUGGCACUACUACUGCAGGUACAGGUGAACUGCCUGCCGGCUGGGAACAACGCCAUACUCCGGAAGGUCGUGCCUACUUUGUCGACCACAACACACGCACCACUACAUGGGUCGACCCCAGGAGGCAGCAAUACAUCCGUAUGUACGGUCAAAAUGCCGCAGCAGGUACCAUCCAGCAGCAGCCUGUAUCUCAGCUUGGUCCUCUGCCCAGUGGAUGGGAAAUGCGUCUCACCAACACUGCCCGUGUCUAUUUCGUCGAUCACAACACCAAAACCACCACCUGGGACGAUCCCCGUUUGCCUUCGUCGCUUGACCAGAACGUACCGCAGUACAAGCGUGAUUUCAGAAGGAAGCUUAUCUACUUCCGUUCUCAGCCCGCGCUCCGUAUCCUGUCUGGACAGUGCCACGUCAAGAUCAGACGUUCUCAUAUUUUCGAAGACUCGUAUGCCGAGAUCAUGCGCCAAAGUCCUAGUGAUCUGAAGAAACGACUAAUGAUCAAGUUCGACGGCGAAGACGGUCUCGACUACGGUGGUCUCUCCAGAGAGUUCUUCUUCCUCCUGUCUCACGAGAUGUUCAACCCCUUCUACUGUUUGUUCGAGUACUCGGCCAUUGACAACUACACGCUACAGAUCAACCCUCACUCCGGCAUUAACCCGGAGCAUCUUGGCUACUUCAAAUUCAUCGGCCGUGUCGUAGGUCUCGCCAUUUUCCACAGACGCUUCCUGGAUGCCUUCUUCAUCGGUGCCUUCUACAAGAUGAUUCUUCGCAAGAAGGUCAGUCUUGCCGAUAUGGAGGGUGUCGACGCCGAUUUCUACCGCACUUUGAGCUGGACCCUUGACAACUCAGUUGAGAACGUUAUUUUCGAGCACUUCUGUGUUGAGGAUGAAGUCUUUGGCGAGAAGGUCACUAUCGACCUGAAGCCAGGCGGCAGAGAUAUCGAAGUGACUGAUGACAACAAGAGAGAAUACGUUGAGCUCGUCACAGAAUGGAGAAUUCAGAAGCGUGUCGAGGAGCAAUUCAACGCCUUCAUCCAGGGCUUCCACGAGCUCAUCCCAUCAGACCUUGUCAACGUCUUCGAUGAGCGUGAGCUCGAGCUGCUCAUUGGUGGUAUCUCAGAGAUUGAUGUCGACGACUGGGCAAAGAACACCGAUUACCGUGGCUACGACGAGAAGGACCCUGUCAUCCAGAACUUCUGGAAGUGUAUCCGUACCUGGGACUCUGAGCAAAAAUCUCGUCUAUUGCAAUUCGCAACCGGUACCUCUCGUAUCCCCGUCAACGGCUUCAAGGAUUUGCAAGGAAGUGAUGGUCCCCGUCGCUUCACGAUCGAAAAGUCAGGCGAGGAGGGUCAAUUGCCCAAGUCGCACACUUGUUUCAACCGUCUCGAUCUGCCGCCGUACAAGACCUACGAAGCACUCAACGCCAAGCUUCUAUGGGCUGUCGAGGAGACCGUUGGAUUUGGACAGGAGUAA